UCUUGCUGGGAUUCAAACAAAGCGCUGCAAAAGGAAAACCGAUUUUUUUUUUUAAAAAAAAUUCCAAAUAAACCUUCUUGGUUGAAGAUAUUCGAUACCAAUUUCGAAACAGAAACAAUUCAUUGGACCCCACGGAACAGAAACGCACAGCAACGCGGUCGCAGCCGCCGUUCGAGGAUCACCGAUCGCCAUGGCCGACAACGACAACGAUGAACUGCCACAGCCCUUUGACGCGAAGAAGCUAGCUCCCGCCAAGAAGCGGCAACGAUCCCAAUCUCCCAACAGAAGCGGAAGCGCGGGCACGUCGGGGGAGCCUCCGCGCAAGCUCAAGCGGCCCGGCCAGCGCGCCCGCAUCACCGAGGCCGAGCGGGAGCAGAUCCGGCAGCGCGCCCUCGAGCGCGAGCGCCUCGCCCGGGAGCAGGCCGCGGCCGAGGAGCUGAAGCAACGGUCGACCAUUAACGAUGUGGUGAAGGCCCAUUACAACUCCGUCCCGGAACGCGGCCGCGAGUGGCGUAAGACAGAGAGCAGGAUCAAAGGUCUGAGGUCGUUCAACAAUUGGGUCAAGAGCUGCAUCAUCCAAAAAUUCUCGCCCGACGAGGACCACGCGCCGGGUGCGAUGGAGCGAGGCAUCAGCUCGGGAAACAAGUUGCUGGUGCUGGAUAUCGGGUGCGGCAAGGGCGGGGACUUGUACAAAUGGCAGCAGGCGCCGCAGACGGUCGAAUUGUACGUCGGCCUGGACCCGGCCGAAGUGUCAAUCGACCAAGCACGGGAGCGGUACCGGAAUAUGGCGAACCGUGGAGGGGGCGGCGGGCGAGGCGGCAGGGGCGGCUACUACCACCGGCGCGCGCCGCGCCUUUUCGACGCUCGCUUUCACGUCAAGGACUGCUACACCGAGAGCAUCGGCGACGUCGACAUUGUGCGGCAGGUUGGGUUUUCGCCCUCCAGCGUCAGCAGCAACCGCGGGUUCGACGUGGUCAGCUUGAUGUUCUGCAUGCACUACGCCUUCGAGUCCGAGGAGAAGGCUAGGCAGAUGCUCAAGAACGUGUCCGGGGCCCUGCGCAAAGGUGGCCGUUUCAUCGGAUGCAUCCCCAACUCCGAUGUAAUCAGCAGCAAAGUCGUCGAAUUCAACAAGCGCAUGGAGGAGAGGAAAGCCCGAGCUGCCGCGGCCGCGGCCAGGAAGUCUUCAUCGGGCGAACAGCCCUCCUCCUCCUCCACCGUCACCGCACCAGACGGGCCUCCGCCAAAAGCCGAAAAGGAACUUGAGGAGGGCGAGGCAGUAGAAGACGAGAAGGAAGAAGGCGAGGCCGAGGAGACAGCCUCGUGGGGCAACAGCAUCUACCGCGUGCGCUUCCCGGGCCCGACCCCGGCCGACGGUGUGUUCCGGCCGCCGUUCGGAUGGAAGUACAAUUUCUUCCUGGACGAGGCCGUCGAGGAGGUGCCCGAGUACGUGGUCCCCUGGGAGGCCUUCCGUGCGCUGGCCGAGGACUACAACCUAGAGCUGCAGUACCACAAGCCGUUUGGCGAGGUGUGGGAGUCGGAGAAGGACGACCGCGAGCUGGGCGCCCUGAGCGAGCGCAUGGGCGUCCGGGACCGGAUUACGGGCAAGCUGCUCGUCAGCGAGGAGGAGAUGGAGGCAGCCCGAUUCUACGUGGCGUUUUGUUUCUAUAGGGUGUAGGCUUUCCGCCCUCCGCCCCUGGGGGGGGCUUGCGGUGGCCUAGCUCAUCGCAAGUUUAUACUUUUCCGCCUCUUCUACGCCUCCGAUGGAAGUGGACGUUGGGGGACCAUGUUUGACUUCAUACCUGGGCUCAUGAAGGUGAAAUGGCCCAUAACUGCCGCGUGAAUUCGGCAGCAACGAAACUGCUUACCCUGGGAGCCAUCACCACCGGCGUAACGUGCUGAGCGAGUUAGCGUUACUUCCGGGCGACGAAGAGCUUAGCGCAAGCCAGUGAAGCAAGACCUCACCGUCCGUUUUCCUA